CAUUACGUCAUCGCGACAAGUUGUUUACCGUCUGCAGAAACGAUCGAGCUGUGCGCAGCAGCGUUCUGGGUUGACGGUGGGUGUGGGCCUUCUCCGCUUCGUAACAAUGUUAUUAUGUUGCGAGGACUUCGUGCCGAGCCUUCUCGCCGGCGGCCGCCGUCCCAAGCUCGCCCCUUUCUCCGACAGCGUCGGCCAAGCGAACCGCUGGCUGGGCGAACACCCGGAAGUGUUGGUGCACAGGUGCGAGACGCUCCGCGCGGCUGUCUCCCCACAACAUGGCGAAUACUGCGACACCCAGGUCAUGUCAUACCCAGCCGGGAAACCUAAGGACGUCUCACGGUUCUCACUUCGUGGUCUGAGGAUCUGGUACCAGAAACAGCCUGAACAGGAAAAACAUCCUUCAAAACCCUCUCAGAUCACUUCAAUUGAUGUCCUGCCAAGGGAUCACGGUGACAAGGUGGAGACCUUCCAACAUGUCCUGACCCGCCUGAAUGGUCUGAUAGCAGAGAGGAAGGGACAACAACUCCUCAACAUAGAAACUCUGACAAUCCCAGGAGACAAGAAAGAAAUGGACUGUGAAGAAACUGUGUUGCCUAUUCUGACGCCGACCAAGUUGGUGCGGUUCCUUCGAGCCUACCUGAUCUCAGUAGAAGGAUCACCACUUCCUCCUGAAGUCCACUUCCAAGACUUCCUCCCCCAGCAGGUAGCCAUUGGAAAGGUGUCCACUUUUUCCACCAAGUUACCCACAUUCGAACCUCUGUCUGAGACCUUCACAAAGGCAAACAAGUGGUUACAGGCUUACCCUGAUGUUAACCUGGUUAAUGUGCAGGUUUUUGAGGUCUUACUGGAUAAAGAGGCUUCAUACUGUGCAAGUGACCCUCAAACAUGUUUCUUUUCCGCUAAAAAGCCCCCGUUUGGAUGGUUGAAGGUUGUUCGUAUUUACUACAAUGUCGAACAAGGAAGUGCCUCAGUUGGCAAACUGGUUGAUCUGUCAUUCUGUCCUGAAGUGAAGGAAAAGAAAACCCUGUUACACUAUGCCCAGUAUGAAGAAUUGGCUGAAGUAGUGAAGAAGGUGCAGUUGAAGUGUGAGAGUGUAGGGGGCGUGCCUGCAGGUGUGCAGUCUGUCUGGACCUACCCAGACUGGGAGAGUGGGCAGGAUGUGUUUCAGCCCAACACUAGCUUACACCUGGAGCCACGCCUGGAUGGCACAGAGCACCUGCCACAAGUGGAAACCAUCCAGGUGUGCAUGAUUGUGAAGUAGGCCACAUAGAGUUGGUUUUACGAUGAUCAUCCUGCAUCCUGAAAUGAUAAUUUG